AUGGCUUCCAAGAAGAGAAUUUCGAUGCUGAGCCGGCUGCGGCGGGCGAUCGCCAACGUAAAAUUCCUGCUCUCUUUCGAUGCCACCCGGUGGAUCGUCUCCUCCCUCAAGAGAUCUUCGUCCCCGGCGGCCGAGCUCAGCUUCCAUACCAGGCCGAGCUUGCUCGACUGCUCCGACGACUACUACGACUCGAGGUCGUCGUUCGCGCUCUCGUGGACGUCGUCGAGCCUGAUGAGCUCGCCGGACCCGGCGACGCAGAUGACGAGGUCGGCUAGCGACGCGUCGUCGUCGUCGUCCCCCGACGGUGGCUCCGGCGAGGAUAUUAAUUUGAGGGCGGACAGGUUCAUCGAAGGGUUCUACAGGCAGCUGCGGAUGGAGAGGCAGGUGUCGCUCGAGCUGAGGUAUCUGAGGGGGGACAGCGGCAAGAGCUUGGAGAGAACCGCCUCCGAUUGA